AUGGCUGUCUCUCCAUUUACCAAUUCAAAGAUUAUAAGAUCGAAAGGAGACACCGACGGAAUUCAAACAAGUAGGAAAACUGAAGACAAGAGAUCUAAAUCAUUCAAGGUUGAGAAAACAGAGUCAUCUCAUCAUGAAGAGAUAAUGGAUCUACUCAAAAGGAUACAGAUUUCAAUAUCAAAGGGUAAAUCACAAUACAAGGAUAAGUAUUACCUUGGUUAUAAUGGCAGAUACAUUUUAUUAUUUUUCAUUUCUAAUUCUCAUUUGAUUCUAUUUACAGCAGGUAAUAUCUCAAACAAAUCAAAACAGAAGGAUUUGUCGGAGAAAAUAUCUGCGUCAAGAAAUGAGGAAGGAGCAGAGGGGAACCCACAUGUACUAGGGUUUAAGUUGACUAGGCUAGCUUCAAACUUUGCAAAGAAAUCCCCUAUUCCAUCUCUAUCAACCCCAAGAAGCAACACUAUUGGGCAAACUAACUAUGGAUCAUCAAACAUUUCGUUGGAAACAAAGGUUCAACCAGAGCAAGAAACCCUGGAAGAAAUGAAACUUGCCCAGUUGAAAGAACUGGCCAAGUCAAGAGGAAUAAAAGGUUACUCUAAGCUUAAGAAGAGCGAACUUAUCAAAGUACUUGGAUCCUAGACCUAAUCCUAGUUUUCCUUGUGAUGACUCUAACUACCAUCAGAUUGUACAAAUGUAUCGAACUACGGAUUAUAUGAAACUCAGAUUUCAUAGAAUUUAUGCAAAUCAACAUGGUAUGCUGAAUCGCCAGAAAUCAUCG